CUCUCGCCGCAUCUUCUCAUGCGAUAACAAUGGGCGCGAGUGAUUCGAAGCUCGUUUUCAAACGGGGCAUUUUUCGUUUAUCAGAAGAACGGCAUAUCCCAGCGGAUGAUGCAUACUGGACCUCUGUUCGUCUGCUCCACCCAAAGUCCUACUUUACCUUUCCAUGGAUAACUCGUUUACUGACAUGAUAUCACGCAGUUUUGGGAGCUUCCUGAGUCUUCUGAGGAUGUCUUUAGUUUAUUCACACCUGCCGAUAUUCGAAGAACUCGGGAUCGAGCACUCGAAAACCUAGAAACCCUUAUCCUAGCCAUCACUUCUCGUCUAUUCAUACUACGUCAUCACCCAUCUUUCCCUGAUCCUGAACUUGCUCCAGAACGCGAGGCCCUGAACUGUAUCCGAGUACUCACACGUGUCUUGCCUUACUUAUACGAAAAGGAAUCUCUCAGUGACUGGGAGCAACAAUUCUUCUGGGCUCAACGAAGGAAACGCACUCGGCACGGUGCGAUCGCCAACGAGAUCCUCUUUGACGAAGCCCAGGAGGCCGAGCGCAAGACGCAAACUGCCGAAUUCGAGGAGGUCAAGCCACUCGCCGAAGAGCUGGUGGACACGCUGGUCGAUCUGCUAUUUUUUUCUGAUCUUACUUUACCACGACAACCCAAUGGCCGACCGAAAGUUAGCUAUGCGAUUUGGCAGAGUGGGGUGGGUUGCAACACAGCUGUUGCAACAACAAAAGAAUAUGAAAGUAAUCGAUCAGAGAUUCUGCGACUUCUCUUGACGCUUUCUGGCCAGAGCCUGUACAUGACUGCUGGUGUCCUGCCACAGAACGGCGUACGGACGUUAACACACUUAUGCGCUUGUCCAGACAAGCAAGUCGUGCUCUCGGUGCUAUGUUCCCUACUCAACACAACGUUGAAAUACAACCCUGCUACGUGGCGCGUACCUUAUAACACCCUUGUAUUCAAGGAUGGCAAGCAAAUGCUUGUGACAUACUCACUACAGUUCCUCUUGGUGCUCUUGUUGUACCCUAUUCCCGAGAACCCAGAGAACCCAUCGCCUAAACACUCUUAUCGUCACUUUCUAGGCCGACUCCACCGGCCCCAAGAUUUUCAGUUUAUUGUGGACGGGAUGACUCGAAUUCUAAACCAGCCGCUUCAAGAGAAGACUUCAUAUCUUCCAGGUUCUCAGUCAUCUGGCCACUUUGCCCCUGAAAUACUAAUGUUAUUCUGGGAGAUCCUUCAAUGCAACAAAAGGUUUCGAUCUUUCAUCGUGGACACCGAAAGAGCGCAUGAUUUUGUUGUCCUAGCCCUGUUCUAUGCUCUUGAGUAUAAGAAUGAUGCUACCAAGCAAGGAGUUGUGCGCAUGUGCGCUUUCUUGCUCCAGACUCUAAGCGUGGAGACUAACUUUGGCGUCAACUUGAACAAGUAUUUCGAGGGGCAGGAGAGUCUACCAAUGUCUAUUCGUGUACCGGGAUUCCGAGGGACCUAUGCGGAUUUUCUUAUCCACUCAAUCUACAAUCUGAUCACGACAAGUCAAGGGAAGCUAUCGGCGAUAUACCCAGCUCUGUUGGCGGUGAUUAAUAACAUCGCACCUUAUCUUGAGGGGCUGAGCAGCACUAGCAGCUCAAAACUGAUGCAGCUGUUCUCUUCCAUGUCCUCGCCCUCGUUUUUACUUGCAAAUGAGACUAAUCACGCUCUGCUCCACUCAUUGCUGGAAUCCAUUAGCUCGAUACUGGAGAAUAAAUACCAAAAGAAUCCUGAGUUAGUAUUUACUAUCCUCAAAAACAAGAAGAGGGUUGAAGCCUUGCGCUCAUUCACCCUGGAGAGUGGCCAAGAGGAAAUUGAGAGAAGAAACAGAAGAAGAAAGGAUUCUGGACACCAUUUUGAUCCAUUUGAUGCUGCAUCUGUGCGCAGCUCAGUUGACAGCUUGAGGAGUCCAAACAGCGCCCAGCCACGGCACUCGUCAUUGGAAGAGGUUCCUGAAGACGGUGCCUUCGCGAUUGGAGACGAUGACGAUGACGACGAAGACGAUGACGAUGAUAGUGACGACGAGGAACAGCAAGAGACUCCUGCACGGUCAACGUCAAGUGAAGCCCCGUCCCGGAGGUCAUCGACCCCCAACGUUGAGGAUGCCGUCCCAACUCAAUUGCGAGGGAUGUCCGAGAAGGCUCGUGGCAAGAUGCCAGCGGGUGUUCCCACCUUCUCGCGGCAAAACAGCACCACCAGCCUAGGCGGGCGCUCAAUAACAGGACAAUCACAGGCAGGGGCAUUUGAGCCUUCGGCCCACUGGAUCGACAGCUGGCUGCUCGAGCUGCCUCUCCACACAAUCCUGGCAGUCAUUCAACAGGUGUCUGCCCUCUUGCCGCGACAAGAGUUGACAGCCGAUAUGCCAACACCAGAAACGCUGCGACGAAUUUCAUGUGUCCAUGUUGUUGGCAUUGAGCCAUCGGCUCCCCGUGUACAUUCUUUUGAAUGGUCCCAGCUCGCGUUGGGUUGGUAUGAGUCUCUGCUAUGGGGGGUUAUCUUUACAACCGAGAUGCAAGUUUCCAGAGGAACCAUGGGCAUAUGGAAUGGCACCGCUAUCAAGCUUUUCAGGGUCCAAGAGACAGCCCCAGAGGGCCCAACACUAACAUCCCCUCGAGGUGCUGUUGACGCUGUAGGUAGCAACAUUGUCUCGCGGAUAGGGCAGAUCAACCUCCGGGGCGGGCCGCAGGGAAACAGCCAGCCACCACAGCGAAACAAUUAAGGAGGACACACGGAGAGUU